AUGGUCGUCGCACAACCAAUCAUGCAGGCUCAUGAGGAUCUCGCGGCCCUCUUCAGCCGGAAUCUGAUCCUCGAUCCCAGCAAAAUCCAACAGAUCCAAAUCCAGGAACAGCCUCAGCAGGAGGCACCAGAGCCGAAGCCCAUCACCUAUUCCAUCUCCCAGCACUACCAUCACUCGGUGUACCACGUUGCUCCAGUGCCCGCCCAGACGGAGCGACCUGCCUCGGAGCCCCCGAGCUCGGAGCAUCAGGGGGUGGAAGCAAUUUUAACUAGCCAUGGCGUCGACCCCGCGGGCCUCUCACAGUCGCAGGUGCAGCUGUUCAAGGAGGCUGAUGAUGCGCAAAAGUUGCGGCUGCUGGAGCUAUGGAGGAUAUGCCCACCGACAUCAACCCACGAGGGUAACCCGGAUCUAGCAUUCAAAAGCACUAGCCUCGAGCAGGAAGAGCAGCUGGCACGGAUGCGGUACGAAGAGCAGCAGCAGCAGCAACAGCAGCAGAUGGACGAUGCCAUGACCAUGAGCAUGGAUGAGACGACCGUGAUGGUUCCGAUCCAGGGGGGUGAUGGCAGGUGGCAGGUCCCCGAGACGGCGCAAGACUACAUGAUGGAGCCUUACAUGUCUUCGGGUUAUGAGGAGAUUGCGCGUUCGGCCAUGCCUAUGGCGUACAAGCCAGCCACAGAUCCAGUCUACAAGUCUGCCUGCUUGCCUAUCGACUAUAGGUCUGCUCACAUGCCCAUCGACUGGGCAUUGAGGCAGCAGACAAUGGAAGAUCAGUACGGAGCUUUUGCCCAGUGCCGCAUGGACUACUGA